AUGCGACCUAGGGCUGUGUUGUCGCCCAUGCUGCUCCUCUGGGUGUUGCUGUGGCUGCCUCAGACUCACGGAGGGCCCCGUAGUCGGAGGAGGAUUGAGGAAACCCAGGAGCCUUCCUCAGGAAUCCAGAGGUGUGAGAAGCGCACCAGCAUCUAUCUGUGCAAAUACCCCUGUGAAGUCCAAGAAGACUGUGAGGCAAGCCACGUGUGCUGUUCCACCUUCUGUGGGAACGUGUGCAUCAACACCCUGUGA